GGUAUCUUGCAGGCUAUCCCGAAUUCCAAUCCUUUCCUGUGAUUUAUCUCUGCUACUAAAUUAUCGGAAGAUGUCUUACCUCUGGGCAGUAUCCCAAUGCAAUGUAAUCACAAGAGAAAGGAAUAAAUAGGAAUGGAACAGCAUUUGGGGAUUGAAUUACAGUAAAGAAUUGAAUACAUUGCAAUUUGCAAUUUGAGAGUGGAAAGAAGAAAAUGGCAUUUUAUGGUUGUCCUGCUGCUGAUUCCUCCCCUGCUAGGGGAAGAUGGUUAAAUUCUUCUUCUGCUUCUACUCUUGCAGCCAAAAAGUUAAGAGCUUUGACACAGAACCAGUGGGAGAAGGAGCCUCAGAUUGAAGCCCAAAAGCUUCCUCCUAGGCCUUUGAAAACAGGCAGGAGAAUGUCUAUGGUUAAUAAUCCAGGGUCCAAAAUGCCAGGUAUGGGCAAGCCUGCUGAAAAACUCACAGACAAGGGUUGCCGCAGACAUUCAGAUGUCUCUAGGAAAACAUCUGCAAUGGGGAAACCUUUUGGCCACUGUAAUGGCAAUCCUAAAUCUAGUUUCUGCACUAAUCCCUUACCCAGUUUAUGUUUUCCUAUUUCACAGCCUGAAUCAGAAGAUUGGAGUAGUGAAGUAAGCACAAGGGGCAAACAGGGGAAUGCCUCUGAGAUAGUGCCUAUUUGUGGAGAAGAUACAGAGAGGAUAAUGGUUUAUGUGAGAGUGAGGCCACUGUCAAAGAAAGAAGAGGAAGCAGGUGCCCGAAACUGUGUUUGUGUUGCCAACAAGAAGGAUCUCUUCUUGAAGGACUUUGUUAAUGACAAUGACUAUUUGAGAUUGAAGAGGGAUGGUGAUCGGCAAUACACAUUUGAUGCAGUUUUCGAUCCCUCUGUGGACCAGAAACAGGUCUAUGAUACAAGCACUGCGGAGCUUGUUGAUUGUGUUCUGCAAGGAAGAAAUGCCUCUGUGUUGUGCUACGGAGCAACAGGGGCAGGGAAAACCCACACUAUGCUUGGAACAGAGAGGAAUCCAGGUGUUAUGGUUCUUGCCAUAAAAGAUCUCUUUGCAAAGCUUCAACAGUUGAGCUUUAAUGGUGAACAUGUUGUUUCAAUCUCUUAUCUUGAGAUCUACAAUGAAGCAGUGAAGGAUCUCCUGUCACCUGGCAAGCCUCUUGUUCUCAGAGAGGAUAAACAGGGGAAUGUCUCUUCAGGGAUAACCCAACACCAUACGAGUACAGUUCAUGAGGUGAUGAUCUUGCUCUAUAGAGGCAACCAUAACCGAAUAACAGAGGCCACUCGACUCAAUGAGACCUCAUCACGAUCCCAUGCUAUCCUGCAGGUUGCGGUGGAAUACAGACUAAAGGAGGGAUCAACCACUGUUACUCGUUCAGGUAAAUUAUCUCUUGUAGAUUUGGCUGGAUCUGAGAGAUCUACUGCCACAGAUCAACGGACGCUGAGAUCUGUAGAAGGGGCCAAUAUAAAUAAAUCCCUUUUGGCCCUCAGUAGCUGCAUUAAGGCUCUGGUGGAAGGGAAAAGUCACAUUCCAUAUAGAGCUUCUAAACUUACACAGCUUCUCAAGGAUUCGUUGGGUGGAGCUUGCCACACAACUAUGAUUGCAAACAUCAGUCCUAGCAAUACAUCUUAUUCAGAAACACAGAAUACUCUUCAUUGGGCAAACCGAGCAAAGGAAAUUCGAACAAGGGCUUGCAUUGCAAAUGAAGAGUUAGAGAUACCCGAUUCCCAAAUUGAACAGAACAAGCAGCUGCAAAAGGAGAAUAAGCAAUUAAAAUUGAAGGUUGCGAAAUUGGAACAAAGGCUACUACUUGCUGUGGAAGGCCAAACAACUGGUUCCACUCCAUCUCUGCCCUGCUCAUCUCCCCUUGUUUCUUCUCCUUUAACUCCACCUGCUACUGUCCAAUUGAGUAGCAGCUUCCAAGCAUUGAAAGAGGACUCUGAAACUAUGAAAACAGAGUACAAUACCUUCACCAAGAACAGAAAGGAUAUCAUCCGGAAGCUUUAUGCAGAUUAUUCUGUCUCUGAAACAGUGAGUCUCCAGCAACCAAGCAGGACGCCUAAUUCAACCUCCCAAAGUGAUUAUGCCCACCCUCAUUCAAAACCCCAUCAAUGGCCACCCAGACCUCCUCGACUCUCGGAUGUGGGGAGGAGGCCAGCCAGGCCACGAUUCUCAGAUGUGGGGAUGAAUGCCCAAUCUCCAUCUCGUAUCUCGUCAUCGCCUGGAUCAGGGCAAAAGCGCCCCCGCCCCUUUGGGGAUAUCACCAACUGCAGUGCAGGGGGCAGAAUGGAAACCACUGAUUAAACAAUUCUGUAAUUUGAGGUCUGCCUAAACAUGAAAAUUCAUGGAGAUGUACUGUGCAAGGAUGAGACUGAAUCUUCAUAAAUGUUGACAACGAAAAUUUUCAAUAAGGUGAUACUAACACACAUAAAUUGGAAAUGUGUAUUAUUUACUAGCACUUGCACUUAUACAUACUAAUUAUACAUACUGAACUUGGUAUUGUGAGACCAAUUUUUAAAAAUGU